AUGGCCGUAGUGACAGCUGAUCAAGGAUUCGAUCCACAGUUGUUCGAAAAACAGAUGUCCGUUAUGCGUGGUCAGUUGGUGAACUUGUGCCAGGCGUUAAAGGAGGGCAAGUCUCCGUUGCAGCUGGUGCAGAUGCCUCCGAUGAUCAUCGAAAAGACCCGUGGUUCGGGAAAGAGCAAGAGUCGCGCUCGAUGGGACUCGUUCAAGCAGAGCUUUCAGAAACGGGCACCAGCGAUGAUCUUGAAGGACGUUGCGAGACUGAUCAGAGACGGCCUAGCGAAAACGAUCGUUGUUCUUGCCGGAGCGGGUAUCAGCACGCCUUCUGGACUGCCGGAUUUCCGCGAAAACAAUGACGUUCAUCUGGUCGCACCGGACAACCAUGCUUUUAAAAGUAAAAGUAUUUGGGCUACUGCAGUUGUCACCUGUAUUUUGCUGGACAUUAUUACCAGCACCAUCGAUCUGGACAAGUACAAGCUUCCGUACCCAAUGGCCGUUUUCGAUAUCAACUACUUCCAGCAGAACCCGGUGCCGUUUUACCAGAUAGCGCACAAAUUGUACCCGGGUCUUUAUUUUCCAAACGAAGCCCACUACUUUGUCAGACUGUUGCAGGACAAAAAGCUUCUACUUCGUAUGUACACGCAGAACAUCGAUGGUUUGGAAACCAGUAGGCAUCUCAGCCCAUUGGAUAUUCGUACGUAA